UUCAUCUCCUCCUUCUUCUUCUUCACAGCGCCUCCACCAACUCCACUGCACUGUCGCCAUCACUACCACUUGCUCCGCCACCAACUCCACCUCAAUCACCACCAUACCCACCACGUAUAAAAACCAAACCCAUCACUCUACCUACCUAUUACAUCAACCUCUCGAUCUUUCUUUCUCUCUGAAACCCUAGUUUUAGGGGUUGAUGAUAUAGGUUAGUUAGAGAAGAAAUCAAAGGUAUGGGAAGAUAGAGAAGAAGAUAUGGAAGCAUGGGUCGACGAAAUAGAAGAAGAAAUCAGAGAGUUAGGAGCUUGCAUGGAAGCCGUGGCCUGGACAAGCAAUGUGAGAGAUGUUGAUCAAACAGAAGUGUUAGUUGUUCUAAAAUUGUUGCAGUGGAUUAAGUUCAAGGGUAUUUGUAAAAUACAGGUAGAUGGUGACAAUAAAACAGUGAUAGAGGCUAUCCAAAGGCAACGUAGUGACAGUAUCAGAUGGGAAGACCAAGUACUAAUGUAUGAAAGCUCUAGCCUUUAUAAGGUUUUAGUGGAGGUUGAAUUUAGGUUUGUUCAUAGAGUCUGUAAUAACGCAGCUGAUGUAUUGGCUAAGUUUGCUCGUUUAAAUAAGUGUAACAGCAGUUGGGUAAGGAAUCCACCAGAAGGCGUUUUGAAAGUAAUUCAGCAGGAGGUUGUUUUAGCAGAAGAUUCUAGACCCAGACCAAGCUCAAGUUGAUUCUUGCAGUUCUUCUGUGUUUGUUAAAGUACUUGUAGUUUGUUGUCAGACUUAGGGGUUGUUAUCUGUUUGAAUUGGUUUAGUCUUGACUUGUUUUUCGAGUCUGUAAUCCACUGUUUGGUGAAUAUAAAGUUUUCUUUCAUAAAAAAUAGAUAACUUCUGCUGCGUCACCUGACGUCAGCU